CAGCCGCGUUCUGCCCUUCGUUAAAAUGGCGGUCGCUGACGCCGCUUAGGGUGCCCGAGAGGUCCCUGGCUGGACGGUGGACACGGGGUUAUUUGAAGGCGGAGGCAGCCGGCCGGGUGGCCAAGAUGGCGAUGAUGAGAGGAGGUUCCUUGAGUAUCGUGGAAUACUUGGGGGGGGACGGUGGCUACCGCUGCGGCUAUUGCAAGAACGAAACCGGCAACUGCUCCCACGGCAUGUGGACUCAUUCAUUGACUGUUCAAGACUACCAAGAUCUUAUAGACCGAGGAUGGCGAAGGAGUGGAAAAUAUGUUUAUAAGCCCACUAUGAAUCGGACAUGUUGUCCUCAGUAUACAAUAAGGUGCCAAGCAUUACAUUUCCAGCCUUCCAAAUCACAUAAAAAAGUUUUAAAGAAGAUGUUGAAAUUUUUAAUAAAAGGAGAACAUUCUAAAGCAGAUAUAGAAGUAGAUCCCAUGGAGUCUCAUAGCAAAGAGGCUGAUGGCUGUAGUUUUUCAUUAAAAAACCCACCUGUCAGAAGCCAAUCUGAACUGCGACCCCUCGAUACUGACCCUACAGAAGAGGAAGAAAUGACAGAAGAAAUAAAUGUAGUGGACUCCAAAAAUUCUGAAUUCUGUAAUGAAAAAUCGAAUACAGAUUCCAGCAAGUCGUUACAGAUAGCUCAUAUUGAACACAUUACUCCUAAGCCAGGCAGAGGAGCUGACUUGAGUAAACCACCAUGUCGUAAAGCAAAAGUCAUACGGAAGGAGCAAAAGUUGCAGAAAAAACUUCAGCACCAGACAUGGCCUGUUUCACUUCAAACAGGGGCUCAGAGCUUGACCAGUCAGAACAGUCAUCCUAAAACAAACCAGACAAAAUCAAUUGAAGACUUCAUUUUUGUUACCUUACCUCCUGAAGCUCUGCACCAGAUAGAGGUGAGGCUGGUGCGAUCAUCUCCACCGAGUUCCCAGUUCAAAGCUUCAUUUCAGGAGUCUUAUCAGGUUUAUAAGCGUUACCAGAUGAUUAUUCACAAGGACCCUCCUGGUAAACCAACCACCAGUCAGGUGAGGUUAGUACCAGUUUCUUUUGAGGACCCACAGUUCAGUUCAUCUUUCACUCAGUCUGCCACUUUAUUUGCCAAGUAUCAGAUGACCAUACACAAGGACACUCCUCUUGAAUGUGACGAGGACCAGUUUACGCGAUUCCUCUGUGAUUCUCCACUUGAGGCAGAACAUUUACCGAACGGUCCAGACUGUGGCUAUGGUUCUUUCCACCAGCAAUAUUGGUUUGAGGGAAAGAUAAUUGCUGUGGGUGUAAUUGACAUCCUUCCAAAGUGUGUAUCCUCCGUGUAUCUCUACUAUGAUCCUGAUUUUUCUUCUCUGUCUCUGGGUGUCUACUCUGCAUUAAGGGAAAUUGCUUUUACCAGGCAACUUCAUGAAAAGGCCUCUGAUCUAAGCUAUUAUUACAUGGGGUUUUAUAUUCAUUCAUGCCCUAAAAUGCAAUAUAAGGGACAGUAUAGACCUUCUGAUUUACUAUGUCCAGAGACAUAUACUUGGAUACCCCUUGAGCAGUGUCUGCCUUCUCUUGACCAUUCAAAAUAUUCUCGCCUCAAUCAAGACUUAAAAGUAGCUGAUGAAGGGAUGGUGAAGGAACUUGAUCAAGUUCAGAUUCUCCAUAAGAGAACAGUUAUGCCUUACAGGGUGUAUAAGAGAAAUCGGAAGGGACCAAGUGAUGAAGAAACUGUACAGCAAUAUGCAGCUCUAGUGGGACAGGCAUGUUCAGAGAGGAUGUUGCUUUUUAGAAGCUGAAUAUUCAUUCUGUAGAUGUUCCAGAAUGAUGUUUUAUCAUACCACUGCAAGAUUACAUAUCUCUACAGUUUUGUGUUGUUACGCCUAUUGAAAAAAAGACAUCCAUACUAUGUAGGUUUUUCCACUUGGGAAUGAACAUGUUGACAAACUUUAAUAUAAAACAUUGUUUUUGAGUCUUUAUAUUAAGGGUUUGACAGAAUAUUACAAUAACUGACUUCAUGAUAUUAACGCCCUUGUUACAUUCUGAAAUAAGUGCAUGGAGUAUAAAAGUGAGUGGAACAUUGUGGAGGGGGGGAGUAGCAUUUUGUAGGUAUUUACUAAGGAGAAUAUUGAAGAUCAUCUCGGUGAUGAAAUGUAAAACUGUUGUGAAAUGUAUAAAUAUUUCAGAAAUUUUGUAUUUUCUUUGACUACUAUCAAAUAAGUAUUUUGUUCUAGUAUGAUUUCAAAAUUCAGUUAAAAUCAAGAACUUGGAAGUAAGCCAAUGUUUUGCACUAUGCUUCAGUGGCAAAACCCAACCUCUGACUAGUAGAAUUGGUGUAUAGGAUUGCUAUUGUAUGAUACAAUAUAAAGCCAUCUAAUGUAUAUCUAUGCACUGUAUCUUUCAAAUUAUUCACUGCAGUCAUUUAAAUGUUUGCUUUAAAUAACAUUUAUAUAAUUGUCUUGAAACAACCAGGAAGUUUGGUGAUUUAGGUUUUUUGUAAUUGAAUUGAUACUUUGGGAAAUAUUGGAAUUGAAAGAUAGGUUUGUUUAUCAAAUUACCAAAGAAAUUAAUUUAAAUAGGGUAGUUUGAAACUGUAUAUUGAAGUACAUCCCAUUUUUCUUUUGUUUUUGUAUUCCUAAUAUUUAUGUUUGAUUCAGAAAAUCGAUUUGCAACAUGCCAUUAAAAAAAUCCUCCAUUU